AUAAUCUUAGCCGAAGCUUCGCCGACGGUCGACACAAAGAUGGCGGAAUACACGCGAAACAGUGUUUGUAAAGACGACGCCAUUGAAAAAACCAUAGUUCACGAGAAAAUCAGUGAAGCCAGCCUUCGUGCCGAAAUAAUAGCCCUACAGGAAAAAAUUAAGGCAAUGGAGCUACGACAUCCCAAUACGGACGGAAAAUUGGCGCAUCCCGAAGAAGUAAAAUACCUAAUACCGGAAUUUUCCGACGGCCUUGGUAUCAACCAGUGGUUGAAAACUAUUCGGCAUAAUAGUGAAAUUUACAGCUGGCAAGACAGAACGAAAUUGCUGUACGCAAGCGGUCGACUAACCGGAGCGGCUCGGGAAUGGUUUGAUGGUUUCCGCAACACAAUAAAAACGUUCGAUGAGUUCGCCGAAGAAAUAAAAAAGGCAUUUCCUGACCAAGCUAAUGAAGCUCUGAUACAUAGUCAGCUAGCGUCGGUGUCUAGGAAGCCAAGUGAAUCGUACAAUAGCUAUGUGUAUCGUGUGAAUGCACUUGGGAAAAAAGGCAGAGUGAGCGAGGAGGCCAUAAUCACAUACGCCAUCAAAGGGCUGUCUCGUGACCCAAUCUACAACUGCUUAAUCACAAGAGAUUACAGUGAUAUCUAUGAGCUAAUAGAUUUCAUCAAACGUCGCGAAACGCAUUUUCUGAUACGCAAAACCCAAGAUACUCGAAACCCAUCCUCCUACAGUGCGAAUGCUUCGAAGACGAACACAGGCAAAGAGAUGGCGACAGAGCGAAACGGACAGAGAUGUUACAACUGUUCGGAUUUUGGGCAUCAUGCAUCGCAAUGUACAAAACCACGUCGUACUCCAGGUUCCUGUUUUAAAUGCGGAAGCACAACUCAUAUCAUCCGCAAUUGUCCCGAGAUCACCAAACAUUCACCAACAGUAGCUGCAGUUCAGGAUAAUGAGGAAGUUGGAGAUUUUGAAAAGGAUGGAAAUAUUGUUAAGCUAGAUCCCUUCCAAGAGUUCUAGGAGUUUUAUCAAUGAGAGCAUCAUUCCGGGACAACAAUUUGGUAUUCCUCAACCGAGUAGAUUCCGUGGAAUAGGAAACAUACAACUAGAAAUUCUUGGAAAAAUUGAACUACGUAUACGCUUUCGAAACGAAAUCUUCAAUCAUAUUUUUAUUAUCUUACCUAAAAAUUCCAUGUCAUUACCCUUGCUAAUAGGGAGAGAUUUAUUAUCUGAACUUUUCAUUUUUCUUGCUCAAUUUCGUAAAACUUAUACCAUUCCUGAACUGAUGAAAUUAAAUGUGAAUAAAACUUUGAAUACAAUAAAGCCGGUUGUUUUCCAAAAGCUUCAAACUUUGGGUCUAUUGCAUGAUUCGAUCAAGAAACCAGUUGGGGUACAUAAGGGAUUUGUUAUGUCUGAUUCUAAGAAUGCUACAAACUCCGAUCUAAUUCCAAAACAAUGCGAACACGGAAAACAAUUUAUUGAAACUUUCACUGAAAUGUGCGCUAUAGACGUUGUAAAUGAAACAAGCGUUAUAAAUAUAGGAGAACAUUUAUCUAAAGGACAACAAAGCGAUAUGAAGUCAAUAAUAUUUAAUAAUUACGAAAAUUACCCAGAAAAACAAGUUGUGCCAACAACUCACAAAAUGCGAAUAAGCCUUACUCAUAAUACCCCUAUAUUCACAAAACCUAGACGUCUUUCAUUUGGCGAAAGGAACAAAGUUAAAGAAAUUGUGAAGAAGUU